AUAUAAGCACUCACUCCCGCGUGCAUUGCUGUGAGUGUCUAGUCCCGCACGAGAACCAAAGCGCCAGUCAGAUCAAGUGAUCAAAAGUGUGGAAACAUUUGGUGUGAGACAAGGAAAAUCAAAAAGCCAGUGAGUGGAGACAUUUGGGUGCGCCUCUUGCAGUAUAACGUGGGAUAACAAGGAGAAUCAAAGAGCCAAGUGACCAUGUGGACCGAGGUGCUAGUGACGGCGGCGGCGGUGCUGGCGGGGGCGGUGGUGUGCCUCAGGUUGUGGUACAGGUCCACCGCCGGCCGCUGCAAGAGUACGGCGUCCAUGGAGGGCAAGACAGUGCUCAUCACGGGGGCCACGGCAGGCAUCGGGAAGGAGACGGCUCGUGACCUGCUGCGGCGCGGCGCCCGCGUCAUCAUCGCCUGCAGGAACCUGGAGAAGGGCGCCAGGGUGGCAGGUGAGCUGUUUGCCGACGCGCGCGGCGCUGGAGAGGUGGUGGUGCGUCACCUGGACACCUCUAGCCUCGCUUCCGUCAGGACCUUCGCCAAGGAGGUUCUGGACACCGAGAAGGCCAUCCACGUGCUGAUCAACAACGCGGGCACCCUCAGCACAGACAAACGGGUGACGGAGGACGGCCUCGAGCUGACCAUGGCAACCAACUACUUCGGCCACUUCUUGCUGACCAACCUGCUGCUGGGCCGGCUUAAGGAGUCCGCCCCAAGUCGAGUGGUCACCGUGUCCUCAAUGUGCCACGCCUAUCCGAACUCCUUAGACCUGCAGGACCUGAACUUCGAGAAGGAGCCCUACACGUUGAUGGCGGCCUACAACAAGAGCAAGCUGUGUAAUGUGUUGUUUGCGAAUACACUGGCGGAGAAGACGGCGGGAACGGGCGUCACGUCCAACAGCCUCCACCCCGGCAUCAUAAACACCAGCAUCCUCAAUGAUGUGCCCUUCACUCUCAAGGACUUCUUCUUUCGUGUCCUCGGCAGCCUCAUCGCCAAGGACGAGGCCACCGGCGCCCAGACCACCAUCCACCUGGCGGUGUCGGAGGAGGUGGAGGGCGUGACCGGCCAGUACUUCGAUGAGUGCAAGGAGGAAGUCCCCUCCGACCUGGCGCGCCGCAAGGACCUGGCCACCGCCCUGUGGGAGUCCAGCGUGAGGGCCGUGGGGCUGCAGCAGCACGAGACACACUGUUGAGUACUGACUUCGGCCACGCUGACCCACCACUCCCUCGCUUGGCAUCGGUUACCUUGUUGCCCUCAGUACGGUGUUUUUUUCCGAAACUGGCGUUGACCAGCUUCAUGCAUGUAAUCAAGUGAUUGCCAACGCGUGGUCAGGCCGGAUUCUUCCCCCUCCCUCAUCUCUAUAAGCUUCGAGCAGCGCUGGUGACCUUCAAGCUCUUCCCUUAUGCUGGUGACGCCGCUGCCCCCAACACUGCGUGCUUCUCCGAGGCUGGCGGUGGCCCAGGACAUAUAUUCUUAUGUAUGCUAACGUGUGGUCAGGCCUCCUCCACCUGAUCCCUCUUUUCCGUCCGGGGUGGACUCUCCUCUGGUCAUCCAUGGACAAAAUGUGUUCGUUCUUGCAAUUUCUUUUUUAAACUGCUUACGUUCACAGUGCAUCCUCAGUAAUCCUUUCAGGCAGAGUUUGUACUUUAGGAUUGUUUACGAGAUUGCAGCGCCAUUUCAUAGCAAUCAAAUUUCGCUUCCGGAUGUCCGCCCUCCACUGUUAAUUACUGAAUAAUGAUAUAGUAAUGUUGUAGCCUAGUUAGUCACACCGAUAAUGAUCCAAACAUGUUGUUAGGUAUUUGUAAAUAUUAUAUAUAACAGCCCCAUGAUUGGAGUAGGAUGAAACAAAAUACUUUUAAAUGACAAAACCAACUUUAAUUAUCCCCGUACUACAGACGGAGAUCCCAAGUGGUUGUUUUAUAAUUUGUACCCACAACACACCGCGGUGCUGAGCAACACAUUUGUACCCACAACACACCGCGGUGCUGAGCAACACAUUUGUACCCACAACACACCGCGGUGCUGAGCAACACAUUUGUACCCACAACACACCGCGGUGCUGAGCAACACAUUUGUAUCCACAACACACCGCGGUGCUGAGCAACACAUUUGUAUCCACAACACACCGCGGUGCUGAGCAACACAUUUGUACCCACAACACACCGCGGUGCUGAGCAACACAUUUGUACACACUUCACACCGCGGUGCUGUGCAACACAUUUGUACCCACAACACACCGCGGUGCUGAGCAACACAUUUGUAUCCACAACACACCGCGGUGCUGAGCAACACAUUUGUACCCACAACACACCGCGGUGCUGAGCAACACAUUUGUACCCACAACACACCGUGGUGCUGAGCAACACAUUUGUACCCACAACACACCGCGGUGCUGAGCAACACAUUUGUAUCCACAACACACCGUGGUGCUGAGCAACACAUUUGUACCCACAACACACCGUAGUGAAGGGCAUCACAUUUGUACCCACAACACACCGCAGUGAUGAGCAACACAUUUGUACCCACAACACACCGCGGUGAUGAGCAACACAUUUGUACCCACAACACACCGCGGUGCUGAGCAACACAUUUGUACCCACAACACACCGCGGUGCUGAGCAACACAUUUGUACCCACAACACACCGCGGUGAUGAGCAACACAUUGGACCCACAACACACCGCGGUGCAGAGCAACACAUUGUACCCACAAUACACCGUGGUGCAGAGCAAUACAUUGUACCCACAAUACACCGUGGUGAAGGGCAACACAUUUGUACCCACAACACACCGCGGUGCUGAGCAACACUUUGGACCCACAACACAACGCGGUGCAGAGCAACACAUUUGUACCCACAACACACCGUGGUGCUGAGCAACACAUUGUACCCACAACACACCGUGGUGCUGAGCAACACAUUUGUACCCACAACACACCGUGGUGCUGAGCAACACAUUUGUACCCACAACACACCGCGGUGCUGAGCAACACUUUGGACCCACAACACACCGCGGUGCAGAGCAACACAUUUGUAUCCACAACACACCGCGGUGAUGAGCAACACAUUGUACCCACAAUACACCGUGGUGCAGAGCAAUACAUUGUACCCACAAUACACCGUGGUGAAGGGCAACACAUUUGUACCCACAACACACCGCGGUGCUGAGCAACACACUGGACCCACAACACACCGUGGUGCAGAGCAACACAUUGUACCCACAACACACCGUGGUGCAGAGCAACACAUUGUACCCACAACACACCGCGGUGAAGGGCAACACAUUUGUACCCACAACACACCGUGGUGCUGAGCAACACAUUUGUACCCACAACACACCGUGGUGAAGGGCAACACAUUGUACCCACAACACACCAUGGUGCAGAGCAACACAUUGUACCCACAACACACUGUGGUGCAGAGCAAUACAUUGUAAGUUGUUGAAAGGCAUGUUAAGUUACGAAGUGAGUACCUGUGAGAGGCUAUAACUUCUCCCCUCCCUCGUUGGCUCCUUGCUUCACUAUUUCUCGUAUGUUUCAAAUGUUCGUUCAGCGCCCAGUAGUAGGUUUCAUUUCAGUUGACUAAAUAAUCGGAGCCCCGAACCUCCUUUACCUCCUGCCUUGCCUCAGCAGUUUAAGGCAGUCACUUAUGGAACCACCGUAGCGAACAUAUCGCUGGUAACUUGCUUGUAAGCGAGCCUGUGGACUGGACUGAACUGACUCCCGGGCACGCUUAGUGCCUCGUGAUUGUGUCCGACUGUAUAUCAAUCUGUGCCAUUCAGUGCUUUUCGGGUUGUCCGAUCAGCGCUAAGGCUCCGUUUAGUAACGCUUUGGUAACGUGAAUGUAACGUCGAGCCGGUAUUGGACACUGAGACUUGUGUUUAAGUCUAAAUACUAAUUGCGAGUGUAGUAUUUGCUUCGCUUGCUUGUUUUGUGCUUUAGUGUUCGUUUUCACAGGGUCAUGCGGGAGUACCGUGACUUAUAACUUGGUGUGUUUGUGACUACUGGGCACUGGAGUUACAUUUAAUGUUUGUUUGUGUUGUGCAUUUUUGGUGGUGUUAACUUCCGCUGCUGCAGUGAAGCUAUUGUAUCGGGCUAUAAUUAUUUCUACGUGUUUACUUUUGCUAACACCGGUAGUCUGCCUCCGAUGUAGGAUGUUUGUUGUAUUGUUUCAGACAUAUUAGCCCUAUUAUCUUUUCUUAAGUUGUGGCAUUGUUAUUGGGUGCAAUAGUCUUUACGUCGUAAGUGGAGAGAGAACCCCCUUGCCUUCGGUAUCGUCUCUCGUACCGAGUCAGGGUCCUUUUGUUAUUUUACUUUUGUUCCUUGGCGUGAUUUAUAUCAGUGACUUAGUUAUUUAUACUAAAGUAAUUACUUAU